AUGUUUGGCUUCGUUUCGGAGAUUCUGUCCUGGUUCCUUUGUCCGGAAAUCGCAGUACGCCAUGGGUACUGGGCCGAGUCGCACACGAUCAAAACAAGCGACGGCUACCUGCUCACGUUGCAUCGGAUUCCAUGCGGUCGGGUAGGAUGCGCUGGGUCUAUCGGGGGCAAGGGUUCGGGACAGCCGGUCUUUCUCCAGCAUGGCCUACUGUCCAGUUCGGCCGAUUGGCUUCUGAGCGGGCCGGAUAAGGCGUUGGCGUUCAUCUUGGCCGACGCCGGGUACGAUGUGUGGCUUGGUAAUGCUAGGGGCAAUACCUACUCGAGGAAGCACGUCUCGAUGAGUAGCGACGAGACGGCAUUUUGGGACUUUAGCUGGCACGAGAUGGCUCUGUAUGACAUCCCGGCGGAGAUCGACUUCGUUUACGGGAUGAGAGAAUUGGAACAAAACGACACCCGGCGAAACCUGCUGUACAUUGGUCACUCGAUGGGCACGACCAUGGCCUUUGUGAUGCUGGCCAACAUGCCGGAGUACAACGACAAGAUACAGGCGGUGUUCGCCAUGGCUCCGGUGGCUUUCAUGGGUCACGUGAAGAGUCCCAUCCGGCUGUUGGCGCCCUUUUCGCACGAUAUCGAGAUGAUCCUGAAGUUCUUUGGGGGUAACGAGUUCAUGCCGCAGAACAAGAUCAUCCGCUACCUGGCUAAGUACGGCUGUGAGUUGACCGAAGCGGAGAAGUACAUCUGCGAGAAUACCGUAUUCGUCCUGUGCGGGUUCGACAAGGAGCAAUACAACGCCACGCUGAUGCCGGUGAUCUUUGGGCACACGCCGGCGGGCACUUCUACCAAAACGGUGGUCCACUAUGCCCAGGAGAUCCACGACAGUGGCAACUUCCAGCAGUUCGACUACGGUGAGGCGGAGAAUCAACGACGGUACGGACAGCCGCAACCUCCGAGCUACAGCCUAGAUCGGAUCAGCACUCCGGUGGCGUUGUUCUACGCUAACAACGAUUGGCUAGCGGGACCGGUGGACGUGGCCAACCUGUUCAACAGGUUGACGAAGACCUCGAUCGGUAUGUUCAAGGUGCCGAACGAUAACUUCAACCACGUGGACUUCCUUUGGGGCAAUGACGCCCCGGAGGUGGUCUACAAGCAGCUGAUGAUGUUGAUGAAGAGGUACAAAUAG